AUGGAAGACGUCACUGUGGAUGUAGGGAAGCCUCUGAAUGCGAAGAGUAUGAAGAGCAUGGGCUUAAUAGACAAGGUCAGAGUCAAACCCACAAAGGACACCUCUUGGAAAGCUCUUAAGGAUCAAAGGGGGAUAUCUAAUGAUCAACCACCAAACUUCAAGAAGAGGAAGAGAGAACCCUCUGAGAAGAAGAAGAAGAAGAGUCUCAAGUUGGGAGAAUCUUCAGCAACUCAAAAGAAACGCGUGCCUCUGAGCUCUUCAGCACCUAGUAAGUCCCCUAUCUUAGAAGCUCCUAAUGUUUCUGAUAUCCCUGACCCAACUUCUCCAACUCAUACAGAACUUCAGGCCACAGCUGAAUCUGAAAAGACUCAGUCUAUACCAGAACCUUCUGAAACCAUUCCAUCUCCUUCUGAACCCAUUUAUGAACCAUCUGAAACCAUACAUAGACCUUCUGACCCCACUCCUCAAACCUCUGAACCAAACCUCACUCUUCCUACCCUUGAUGAGGAAUUUUCUAAGUUCUCAGAGAACUCUGCUUCAAGACUCAAGCAUCUAUCUGACGAAUCCAGGGUCAGUGACAAUCCUUCUGAAGUAAGGACUCAUUGGAACAGGUUCAUCAAGUGGAUGACUUCUGAAGUCUUCAAGCUGAGGGGACUUUCUGAACAAUUCGGAAAUGACUACAUCAGAAGUGCUAAGGAGAAGCUGGAGGCUCGUCUGGCUCAAGAGGAUGCUGAAAGGGAAAAGAGAGAAGCUGAAGAAAGAGCUAAUCCUAAGGCUGCUGCUAGGGAGGCAGCUGAGAAAGCUUCUGCAGAGGCUGCAACUAGGGAACAAGCUGAAGCUGAAGCAACACUAACCAUUGAAGCUACUCAGAAAACUGUAGAAGAUGCUGAGAAGACAACUGAGGUUGCUUUGACUCGAGGUGAGUCAUCAGCAUCUGACCUUGCUCCUCUAGUCCUCAAGACUCUGGAAGAGUUGCAGAAAGAACAACAACUGGUCAGAACCACACUCAACCAACAUGAUAAAGUCAACUCCAGCAUCCAAAAUCUCUUAGCUCAACUACUUCAGAGAACGCCUCAUCCUUUAAACCCUUAG